GCAAGAAUAUCGAGACAAGAAUCCAGGGAAAAGUCUUCCUCUAACGAUUCAGCUUCCCAGAUCAGAAAUGACAUCAUUGGCAAACACAAUUGUUGACCAAUUGCGAUGUAUUGAUUCUGACAUACCCGCUUGCAUCAUGGAGUCGGUUGCAAAGCAGGUCUAUUCGAAGUAUUCGGGGCUUCAAUUCAUUGAUGAUGACGGGCAUGUUAAUCAGCAGAGCUAUGUGGCCUUGAAACAUAAGUUGAUCAAUAGGAACUCCUAUUUGAAUCGCUUUAAGAAUCCGAAUGUGCCCAAAGUUUCAAUCGCAGAGGUACGCAGGGACAAGAAUGUCAAAUCUGGUACUUUGAAAGAGUAUUGGGUCAAAUCGUCCGAGGUUUGCGACAAGGAUACUGUGAGCAAACUUGUUAGAAAUGACCCAAAAGUACUAAGCAGCGAAUUUCUGUCAGCCUCGCAGUCAUACGUGCGGUUUCGGCUGGAUGAAGAUAAGAUUCUUAGGGAUAUCGUAUCUGCUCUACCAGUACUUCGCCGUCGACAGCUGAUGAGCUUUCACUUUGAACAGGCAACCGGAGUGCCCAUGGAUACACUGGAGAAGUAUUUCGUUGCCAAGCGCGCGAAAUUGGUCGACUUUUUGAAAGUUCGCCCCAAAAGCUUGCUGAAUGAAGCGCCGACUGAUUAUGACAUCAUCAAUGCCUUAUGUUCGGUUCUGGGUGAAAAAGUCACGGAGUUGAUUAUACUGAAAGAGCUUGGAACUAAAGUAUCGGAGAUCACUACAGAAUGCGCUGGUCCAGUUCUGGUUUCAGUUGAUCUGGGAAACAACAACAAAGUGCUUUAUGUAUUUGCGGAACAAGCGCAACUUACUGAAGGAACGCAUGAAAUUGUUCAAGCACUUUCUGAGCUUAUGGCGGUGCAUUAUGUAUACAAUUUCAUGUAUAUGAAAGGUGUAUCCAAAGUUCUGGAGUUCAUCCAAGCGUACUUCUACAAGAUUACUCCAACCACGGGAUCGAAAUCGAAGGCGACGCGGAAGAGCAAACAACAGCGCUUGGUCCAAAGCGUGAUAGAAGCAAUAUCGAAUCAUGAAUUGAUUCCCGUGCAAGCAGUCGAAUAAAGCAAGAGUAUUAUUUUUGAAAAUGAUAUCCAAUAUGAAUUCUUAACAAUCUCCGAAAUGUUUAACUGGCAUAGCUCAUGUAAUGUGACAGGUAGCUACAAUGCAGUUAUCUUUUUAGUAGAGUAAGAUUGAUUAAAUGAACUAUAAGUUCAUUGUUUUUCUUUUUCAUCGUAAUGUAUACAAAUCAGGCAGAAUAAACGAAAAUAUUAAAACAUGAAUAAAUUUGAUUUCACA